UAGAUGGCUUCACAAGAUGGCGGCGCGUUGGGAGCGUAACAGCUGCGUUUCUAGGAGCUUCGCGCUGCGGCUGGUUUAAGAUUCUGGGGUUGUACAGGCCCACGCCAGACACGUCUGGCAAGAACCUCGACCUCAGAGAUGGCUCUGAGCAAAUCAAUGCAUGCGAGAAAUAGAUACAAGGACAAACCUCCUGACUUUGCAUAUCUGGCAUCCAAAUAUCCAGAUUUUAAGCAGCAUGUUCAGAUAAAUCUGAAUGGAAGAGUGAGCCUUAAUUUUAAAGACCCUGAAGCAGUCCGAGCUCUGACCUGUACUCUCCUAAGGGAAGAUUUUGGACUUUCUAUUGAUAUUCCAUUGGAGAGACUAAUUCCCACAGUUCCCUUGAGACUCAACUAUAUUCACUGGGUAGAAGAUCUGAUUGGUCACCAGGACUCUGACAAAAGUUCUCUCCGAAGAGGAAUUGACAUAGGUACAGGGGCCUCCUGCAUCUACCCGUUACUUGGAGCAACCUUGAAUGGCUGGUAUUUCCUUGCAACAGAAGUGGAUGAUAUGUGUUUCAACUAUGCAAAGAAAAAUGUGGAACAGAAUAACUUAUCUGAUCUCAUAAAAGUGGUGAAAGUACCACAGAAGACGCUCCUGAUGGAUGCUCUGAAAGAAGAAUCUGAGAUCAUCUAUGACUUUUGCAUGUGCAACCCUCCCUUUUUUGCUAAUCAGUUGGAAGCCAAGGGAGUAAACUCAAGAAAUCCCCGAAGACCUCCACCUAGUUCUGUUAACACAGGCGGCAUCACAGAGAUCAUGGCAGAAGGAGGUGAACUAGAGUUUGUUAAAAGGAUCAUUCAUGACAGUCUACAACUGAAAAAAAGAUUAAGAUGGUAUAGCUGUAUGCUGGGAAAGAAAUGUAGCCUGGCGCCUCUGAAAGAAGAGCUUCGCAUCCAAGGGGUCCCAAAAGUCACCUACACUGAAUUCUGUCAAGGUCGGACGAUGAGAUGGGCCUUAGCUUGGAGUUUUUAUGAUGAUGUAACAGUACCAUCACCACCAAGUAAGCGAAGAAAAUUAGAGAAACCAAGGAAACCCAUUACAUUUGUGGUGUUGGCGUCUGUGAUGAAAGAGUUGUCCCUGAAAGCAUCAUCUCUGGGCUCCGAGAUGGGGGAAGGCAUUGUGGUCGUCACCACGUGGAUUGAAAAGAUUCUCACUGAUUUGAAGGUCCAGCAUAAACGAGUGCCCUGUGGAAAAGAGGAAGUUAGCCUUUUCCUAACAGCCAUAGAAAACUCCUGGAUUCAUUUAAGGAGAAAGAAAAGAGAGCGAGUGAGACAACUGAGAGAAGUCCCUCGCGCUCCUGAGGAUGUCAUUCAGGCCUUGGAGGAGAAGAAAUCCACGCCCAGAGAGCCUGGUAACAGCCAGGAGACGGUGCCGUGCAGGCCUGCCGAUGCGGAGGGCCAGGGCCUGAGCCAGGAGUCGCUGUCCCCGGAGGAAAACCCAGAACCCAUGGAGGACGAAAGGAGUGAGGAGAAGGGAGAGAUGGAGGUUUUGGAAAGCUGUAAAGGCUCUAGCGACGGAGCCCAGGACCAAGAGUCUUCUGAGCAGUUCAGCAACCCCAUGGCUGCCAAGGGGAGGCGUCUCCCAGGCAUAACUGGGCAGUACCUGUUUAAGUGUUUGAUCAACGUUAAGAAGGAGGUGGAUGAUGCCUUAGUUGAAAUGCACUGGGUUGAGGGCCAGAACAGGGAUUUGAUGAACCAGCUUUGCACCUACAUACGUAACCAAAUUUUCCGGCUUGUUGCUAGUUAACUGGAAACAUUUUGCACAGCUGGAGGCGUGUUUAUAGGAGCUGGCUUUGGAGUGGCUGUGGGGUGGCAGGAGGAAUCCGGUCAGUGGUCCAUUUGUAGCAUUAUGGGCCACUGACAUGAAUUACAUUCAAAAACAAGAACCUGUAAAUCUAUCCCCACUUCCCCCCACCGCCUUCCUGCUGUUCUUUUUAAGUUACAGGAGUUGUAGUAUGGACGUUUACAAGGAGGAAUUGUGGUUGUGACAACAGAAGGCCCUUGGUACACUCCCGAGGCUUUGAAAGUUGGCUAGAGCUGGGCCCCUCAGCUGUGGACUGCUUCUGCACAGCCAGAAGUGCUGUUUGUGGAGUGUGGGCUGGGCAGCACUGCCUAGAAUGCCAAGCUCUGUCACCCAGGGGUGUUCCUUGAGGAGCGGCAGCUCCCUCUGCCUCCAGUCCUGGUACCCUCUUCUAGGUCACUCUUCAAGAUGGAACCUACCUUACAUCAGUCCAUGAAGGGAGCCAGCCCCAUGGCAGGUGGUGGGGAAUCGGGGAAAGAAACCUUAUAAUGGCAGGAAGAAGGACCAGUCUGGGGAGCACCUGGUAGAUGGCCCAUUCCUGACACUUGGCUGUUUAGUUUUGCUUGCUUUGGAAGCAGAAUUAGGUAAGCCAGACUCCUGAGUGUGACUGAAGCACACAGAAGCACCCAUACCUCCCCCUCCAGCCUGUUCAAAGUACCCUUUCUUAGCAGUUUUACAACUGCAUUAGUUUUGUUUGGACAUAAGAAUAUUCACAAAUGGCUGGGCGCGGUGGCUCACGCCUAUAAUCCCAGCACUUUGGGAGGCCGAGGUGGGUAGAUCAUGAGGUCAAGAGAUGGAGACCAUCCUGGUCAACAUGGUGAAACCCCGUCUCUACUAAGAAUACAAAAAUUAGCUGGGCAUUGUGGCGCGCGCCUAUAGUCCCAGCUACUCAGGAGGCUGAGGCAGGAGAAUUGCUUGAACCCAGGAGGCGGAGGUUGCGGUGAGCCGAGAUCACGCCAUUGCACUCCAGUCUGGGUAACGAGCGAAACUCCGUCUCAAAAAAAAAAGAAUAUUCACAAAUUAAAAACCAGUGGUCUGCUUGAAUCCUGGGGUUGGCUGAAUGAGCAACUGAUGACAGAAAUGAGAAAUGGAACAAAAUAGGUAGCUGCAGAAAGGCUCAGAUAUUUGGUUGCUGAUCAGAUACUAUUUUUUUUUUUUUUUGUGGUUUCACUUAUCCCCUCUGUGAUUGCCUGCUCACAUUGGAGAGUUCUGAGCCCAGGGUAACCAUGUGCUUAAAACAUGUUCUAAUAGGCAUGCCAGGGUCCUGUAGAAAUACCCCUGGAAAAAGGGCAACCAUUUGCUGUGCUUGAAUUUAACAGCUUGAUGAUGUGUCAGCAGCCUAGGGUUCUAUUUAGACUAAAAUAUUUGCCAGAGCUCCUUGCUACCUGCUAAGAAGACUGGGGCUGAGUAGCUAAGCCACCCUUCUGAGAGGUGGCUGUUGGUUAAGACAGAAAGCUGAUGACCUUGGCAUACCUUGGCAGUAGCUAGAUCAGGCCCUCAGCAAAGAUGCAGGAAAUGGAACGACUGCUUUAGUCUGGCUGUGGAGCUGGGGCUAGAGAAGACAGCACAGUGACCAGUGGUGUUUUUGUUGGUUGGUUUUUUUGUCUGGAAAUGACAUUUCACUCUUGUUGCCCAGGCUGGAGUGCAUGGUGCAAUCUCGACUCGCUGCAGCCUCCACCUCCCAGGGUCAAGUGAUUCUCCUGCCUCAGCCUCCUAAGUAGCUAUGAGAGCAGGCAUGUGCCACCAUGCCCGGCUAAUUUUGUGUUUUUAGUAGGAACGGGAUUUCACCAUGUUGCCCAGGCUAGUCUCUAACUCCUGACCUCAGGUGAUCCACCCACCUCGGCCUCCCAAAGUGCUGGGAUUACAAAUGUGAGCCACUGCACCCGGCCACUGACUAGUGUUCUUAACUUGGUCUGUGAACCUCCAGAGAGUCCAUACACCUCCUAGAGUUACUUCUAAAAGUUCUGUGAGCGUAUUUUGUUUGUUUUCUGGAGAGAGGGUCCCCAGAACCCUCAGACAUAGACAAAGGGGUCAGUAAUCCACUCAGGAUUAAGAAGCAUUAUUCUAGUCUAACCACUCAUGUGUCAGGCUGUGAAAACUAGUACCUAGGGUCUUACAGAGGCAAGCCUCCAUUCAGGACCUCAGACUCCCCUGGUCUAGUAAUUGUGCCCUAGUCCACACCAGCCAACUGUACUUACCUCAAAUGAAUAUCACAUUUGAGUCAUUUGCUGGAUGCAAACCUAGUUUUCUUGGCAUAAUUUUAGGAUAAUUGGUUGAGUGGCACCCAUGCAUUCAGUAAGUAGUCAGUAACUAGUUAUUUGCUUUUUUCAUUACAUGCUCAUGAAAGGCUGGGAAAUGAAAGUCAAAACAACAAAGUACCCCGAGUUUGCCUUCUGUAACAUAACUGCUAUUGGGAUUGGCGUGUUUCUUUUCAGUGUCUUUAUGUAGACGGGGUGUAAGUGUGUGGGUUCACUUCGGUUGUACUCAUGCUGCAUAUUCAGGUUUGUAUUCUGGUCUUGUUUUCAUUGAACAUCUUAGAAUUAUGUUUCCAUGCUAUGACAGUACUGUGUUUACUUAACCUCCUCGCCUGUUCCUGUGUCUUUCAAGCACAGGACUGGAAAAGUAAGUCUGUUUCUUAGGGGUUUCCAGAAAAUACUCCGUAUAACUGAGGCACAGAAGGUUUUUCUGUGUUUAUAUGUGUUUCUGUUCGUAGGUUUAGGGCUCGGUGUCCUGGAGGAGAUUUUAUACGUGUGAAGUUAAUGACUUGAGGGUUUUAAAAAUCCGUGACAGUGGACAGGUGUGGUGGCUCACAUCUAAUCCCAGCACUUUGGGAGGCCGAGGUGAGCGCAUCACUUGAGAUCAGGAGUUUGAGACCAGCUUGGCCACCAUGGUGAAACCCUAUUUCUACUAAAAAUACAAAAAUUAUCUGGGCGUGAUGGUGGGCACCUGUAAUCCCAGCUACUCGGGAGGCUGAGGCAGGAGAAUUGCUAGAAUCUGGGAGGUGGAGGUGCAGUGAGCCGAGAUUGUGCUGCUGACUGCACUCCAGCCUGAGUAACAGAGGGAGACUGUCUUAAAAAAAAAAAAAAAAAAAACCACCAUGUGACAAGGCCGACUUUCACAGCCUGCAGCUGAGUGGCUCCUUUGCAUUUGGAUGCCUCUAUGUCCUUCUCUGAGAAGAUUAACUUCUUAGACUACCUAGUGAGAACAUUGAAACUGUUUUUAAAGGACAUCUACACGUUGUCGUGGCCAUGCCUGCACUUUAUGAUUGUGUGCUGUGUCAUAGCACAUACCUCUCUCUCUAGGUCGGAAUGUUGUUUUCUUCUUUGAAGAAAUAGGCUAUUGACUCAUAUGUCAUGAUCUUGAGUGUAACUCUCCUUAAGUGUCCAGAGGCCAGGUUCAUGUUGAUGGAUUGGUUUGAAAUGAAGUCUUUGUGGUAUGAUCCUAAAUUCUCUUCUGGUCCCUAGAAUCAGCUCUGGUCUCUUGAUAACUGAAGUGGAGGCAGAAGCUGACAGAAGCUGAGCCUGUUUUCGAGGCAAACUAAAACUGCUUUUGUUCUUCGGCAUCUGCUUUGCUUCUGUCAGCUUGGUUCCUUCCCCACACACCCUGGCCCCACUGUUCCCACCCCAGACCUUUGCUGUGUGUCCUGGCAAGGCCGAGGCUGUGCAGCGGCCUUUCCACUAACUCAUCUUAAGGUUUGUGUAGAUUAGUAUAUAUUUUUUAUAAAACAUAAAGCCUUUCCUCCCAGCGGAAAUCAAAGCUUACCAUGUGAGCACUCGAACUUCUAAGUUCUGACAGGAAUAACAAAACUGCCAGGAGUCGAAAAGCUGCAAAAGCCUGUGGAAAAUCCAAGGCCUUUUGAAAGAAGGGAGCUGAUGACUUCACGGCCCGCUGGAGCCCCUCCUUCCUGCUGAAGCCGCGGCGUUUCCCUCCGUGGCCACAUAGGGGCAGCCUCGGACCUUUUAUCAAAGGCCUUCACUUCCCUGUGGGAAUGAAGACAAUUGUAUCCAUGGUGUUUUCUUGAAAUACCAGUUGCUACCCAGAUUUGUAUUUUUAUGUAAACACAUUUUCACAUAAAUAAAAUUUGAAAAAUAAAAGCAGAAAGAG